GUAACAACAACAAGAGCAGCCAGCGUACUCGUCCUUCUCUUGGUGCUCUGCUGCGUGGGCAUCGGUAGUGCCCGGAGGCCUAAUUGUACUAGGAUCUAUAAAAGCUGUGUGGCCUGUUCAAGAAAUGUUGGCAACACAAUUGAUUUAAAUUCUCUGUGUCGCUCGAAGACCAAGGAUCGCUGGACCUGGAGAGAUCAAUCACAGUGUGAUAUUCUGCGCAUUUCCUGCGAAAAUCCUAACCAGAAACUCAACUGUGACAACAUUGCCAAGUUGGCCAAAAUGACGCCCAGACUCGGCUAAUUCUGCUUCCAUUUUCAUUACAUAAAGAAAACAUCUUAAAUAAAAUGAAGAUUACGUAACAGGCAUA